AUGUCGGUCGUCGGAAUCGAUUUCGGCAACCUGAACAGCUACAUCGGCGUCGCUCGGCAGGGCGGAAUCGAUGUGAUCGCCAAUGACUAUUCUCUUCGAGAGACCCCGAGUUGCGUGGCGUUUGGUCCCAAGAGCCGAAGCAUGGGUGUCUCAGCGCGCCAGCAAGUCAACACGAAUUUCAAGAAUACGUUGAUCAACUUCAAACACCUGAUCGGGCGGAAGUUCAAUGAUCCAAUCGUGCAAAAAUUUCGUCCGUACAUCCCGUGUGAACUGGUCGAGCUCUCCGAUGGACAUGUUGGCUUUAAGGUCAAUCAUCUUGGGAAAGAAGGCACGCAAACACCCGAACAAGUCUUGGGCGCCUUCUUGACGAAAAUGCGGGACACCGUUGCUGCCAAUAGCGAAAAAGGCACGAAAGUUCACGACAUCGUUCUCGCUGUGCCUUCCCAUUUCACCGACGUUCAGCGUCGCGCUGUGCUGGCGGGCGUGCAAACGGCUCAGCUGAAUCCUCUUCGCUUGAUCAAUGAAUCCACGGCGAUUGCAUUGGCUUACGGCAUCUACAAACAAGAUCUUCCGGCAGAGACCGAGAAGCCUCGGAUUGUCGCGUUUUUGGACUGCGGGCAUUCCUCUACUCAGGCUUCUCUCGUAUCCUACCAUAAAGGAAAGCUACAAAUGUUGGGCACCGCAUUCGAUCUCGACGUCGGUGGGCUUUGGUUCGACGGCUUGUUGCGUGACCAUUUCCGCAAAGAAUUUUCCGACAAAUACAAGAUCGAUGCUUCGAAAAAUCCGAGGGCAUGGCUCCGCCUUCUCGACGAAUGUGAGAAGGUGAAGAAGCAGAUGUCGGCUAACGCAACCCCCAUUCCGCUCAACAUCGAAUGCUUUAUGGAGGAUAAGGACGUUUCCGGAUCGAUGAAGCGGGAGCAGUUCGAAGAAGUCGCCAUGCCAUUAUUUGAGAAGAUUCAAGCCCUCCUGCUUCGUUUACUCUCGGAUGCCCAAGUGAAGCGGGAGGAUGUCGAAAGCGUUGAGAUUGUCGGAGGUUCCUCGCGCAUUCCGUACAUUCGCAAGAUCGUCCACAACGUCUUCGGCCAAGACCCGAAGACAACAAUGAACCAGGAUGAGGCCGUCUCGCGCGGAGCCGCCAUGCAGUGUGCUAUUCUUUCCCCAGCAUUCCGCGUUCGUGACUUCCAAAUCAAGGACUGUCAGCCAUAUUCGAUCCGUCUCAAUUGGGGAGAGGCCAACGGUGUCGAGGGAGGGGAAUCGGAUGUGUUCAAGGAUCAUGACGAGUUCCCGUUUUCGAAGAUGCUGUCAUUCUACCGCAGCGAACAGUUCGAGUUGAAUGCCGGUUACGCCUUCCCCAAUACCAUCCCGCAUACUGCUCGUCACAUCGGAUCAUGGGUGGUCCAUGGGGUCACUCCUUCGGCCGAGGGUGGAGCUAGCAAAGUGAAGGUCAAGGUUCGCGUCAAUCCGAACGGCAUCUUUAGUGUGCCAUCGGCCACUUUGUAUCGCCCCGCUCCCGCUGAGGAGCCAAUGGAAACCGACUCCAAGGAGGCCAAGGACGAACCUAUGGAAAAGGAAGAGGAGAAGCUCGAGUCGAAGCCCAAGCCCAAGAUGGUGCCGAUUGAGCUGAAGAUCGAAGAGCGUGCCACGACGUACCCUAUCGAUAACUUUAUUGGCUUUGAGAAUGAGAUGCGCGCUGCCGAUCUGGCCGAGAAAGAGAAAGCGGAUGCCAAGAACGCUGUCGAGGAAUACGUUUACGAGAUGCGGGAGAAACUUUCUUCGCAGCUGGAGUCUUUCAUUGAUGAAAAGAGCGCUGAUGCAUUCAAAAGUCAUCUUCAAGAGAUUGAAGAUUGGCUCUAUGAGGACGGUGAAGAUGCGGAAACCAAGGUCUACAAGGAUCGGCUCGGCCACAUGAAGUCCAUCGGCGACCCGAUUGUCGAGCGUCACCAUGAAGCCGAAGGACGCCAGCCAGCGUUCGACAAAUUUGAUCAAUCGAUCAUUCGUGCACGCAAGGCCUACGACAAUUACGUCGCUGGCGGUCCCGAUCACGCCCAUGUCGAAAGCAAGGAUAUGACAAAGGUCAUUACGGCUAUCGAAGACAAGAAGAAUUGGCUUGAUGAUGCUCGUCGCCGCACCGAAAAGCGCCCUAGGACUGAGCCGCCCCUUGUCUACGUUUCGGAGAUCAAUGCCGAGCAUAAGGCUUUUGAAAAUGUCGUCAAUCCGAUCCUCAACAAGCCGAAGCCGACUCCCAAGAAGGAGGAAGUGCCGAAAGAAGCCCCGCCACCGGCGCCCGAGGCUGAUGCGGCUCCGAAGGAUAUGGAAGUCGAU